AUGCGCGCCACGCAAGCCCCGCCCAAUGCAGAUCACAGACCGAUGGUCUCCCACUGCGCCUGCGUGCGGAACGGGCGCGCGCGCGCGCGCGCGACCCCCCCCGCCCCCCGACAUUCCCAGAGGUCUCCGCGCUUGCUCGGCCUCCGUACUCAGACCGCGGGGGCGGCUCCGGACGCGCAGGCGCAGAUCGAUAGGCGAGCGAACCAGGAAGCAGAGGGAGUGCAGGGGGAGCAAGAGCCCUCAGGUCACAUGGCUCUGAGUCUCCUUCCCCAGGAGGGAAGCCCAGAGGAGGAUGGCUGGUCCCCCGGGGGCCUCUGGGCCCUAGACCAGGAAGCUGUGUCAUUCAGGGACGUGGCUGUGGACUUCACAGAGGAGGAAUGGGGGUGCCUGAGCCCCCCGCAGUGGCAGCUGUACAAGGAGGUGAUGCUGGAGAACUACAGGAACCUGAUGUCCCUGGCUUUGCAGGAAGCUCUGCAGCUCGUGUCCACAGCCUACCCCUCAGUCACAUUGGUCAGUCUUGUCAGAAAAGGCCAUGAGGUGGGUGCACGUGACCUGCCGUUCUAGACUCCCCCAGCCCGUGGGCCCAUUCUCUGCAGACUCUCCUCCUGUCCCCUUUGCCUUCUUCCCCUUCCCGGGCAGUGGCUCAAGCUGUGCCACGUGCCAUACCCACAGACGUGUGGCCGUGGGACUCCCAGUGCUCAGGUUGUUGUACAGACCAGAUGAGAGAGUGUUUGCGAAGUGCUUGGCUCACCGUGGGGAUGGUCUUCUGCAAUCCGACCACCUCUGAUCCUGCUCCUCCCUGUAGAGCCGGGCGCGUGCCCGGCUUUAUUGCUGCAGGCUCCCUUUGCCAGCCUCAGCUAAUCCUGAGGCUUAGCCCCAGACUGCUCCCGUCAUUCUCUGUCGCCGGCCGCUGAGCUCCCUGUGUAUCCACACCAGCUUCUUUAGACCCUCCCCCUUCCCGAGAGGAAUCCUAGUCCAGGGAUCUCGCCUCCCUUCAACCCUUAGAAACCGGAGCCGGAGCGCAUCCCCCCCCCCCAUGGCUGGCUUUCUUCUUGUUCUCCUAAGUUCUAGAGAGGAAUAGUCAUUUCCCUCCCACGUUCCCCUC